UGUGGCAUACUUAAGUAUGAAAAAGGAGCAAAUGUAAUACAUUGUGCGGCUAGGUGGUUAUGUUUUUCGACUUGUUAACAAAGUCGAAUAUUUUUGCUUGAGGUUAAAAAGAAGUUUAUUGAAGGGAAGAAGAUAUAAAUUGAGAAAGUCUUUGGUAGAUAAUUUAUAGCACUGUUUGGAAUCAUUAUUUACCAUAAAAUAGUGUCAACUUUUACAAAUAGUCUCUGUAUACGAAGAAGUCUUCUGGAAGACUACCGACUUGCAAAUGCAUUCUGAUAAUACAAACAACAUAAUAAGAGUGCGCUCGUCAAGGAACGAUUAAGUUGUUAACAAAUUGUGACGUGCAUUAAUGGACGGAUUACUUAUAUAAUCUAUUUGUAUUCAGUAUUUAAAUUUUUGAUAACAAACAUGAAAGAAGGACACAAUGUUUCCAAUGUAACUAAGGACGAUUGCGUCCACGAGAAUGGAGAGGCCAUUAGUACAAAGGAUUCUCCUGCAAGACAGAAAUUACGUGGAUGGCUGAGUAGGUACUUGCGAAUAAAAAUGACAGAUGGUCGAGUUUUAAUAGGAGCAUUUUUAUGUACUGAUCGUGAUGCCAAUGUGAUAUUAGGAUCAUGUACUGAAUUCUUAUCUGAGGAUCACACAGAAGCAAGAACACUUGGUCUGGCAAUGAUACCUGGUAGACAUAUUGUAUCAAUACAUCUUGAUGCCUAAGCAA